AGCGUCCUCACGGACUGCGCCGCCUGCGCUGCCCCUCCAGCCGGAGAGAACCCAGCGUCUCCAGUUAAAAAGCUUUGUGGAAUAAACAGUGACUUUCAGCUUCUUCUACAGGAAAGAGAAACUUGCAGGAUGAAGACAAGUUGACUUGCAGCUUUUCAUCAGGUCCUCCAUUUAGAAAAGCAAGCUUGAUUUUGAACGUUGCAUAGGAUUUUACAAUCACACACAGGAUAAUAUCCAGGCAGCUGUCAGCAAGGACGUGAUUUUCCUGGUUAAAAUAGGAAAUGCAUUCAUUCUUUAUACAUAAUGUAAACAGAAUCCAUCUAGACCCUGAAGGGGUCUGCCUUUAUAUUUUUAUGUGACUUGAAAAGAAGAGGUGAAGAAAUUUCAAGUGAUAACAAUAAGAAAGGCUGAAAGGAAACUAAUCAUUUUCCUCCUUGGAUCAAGCUGCUGCAUUCAAUGUGCUCUGAGCAAGAGGCAGCCCUCAGGGACCUGAAGGACUUCUGGAACACCAGCAAGCUACGCAUGACUAAGCAGGCAGGAAUGAGAUAGUCUAACAGAUGUACUGAGCCGCACUCGCUGGAAUCUGAUGAGAUGGAGCAGUCCCCUGCAAUGCAUUCUGAAUAUCUGGUCUCAGGGAUUAGAACUCCGCCUGUGAGAAGGAACAGCAAGCUGGCAACACUGGGCAGGAUCUUCAAACCAUGGAAGUGGAGGAAAAAGAAAAACGAGAAACUAAAGCAAACAUCAGCAGUGUUAGAGAAGAAGAUUACUGCAAGGCCAGGUCGGGAUGAACUCAUUAAGAAAGGUCUUCUGGAGAUGAUGGAACAAGAUGCUGGAGGCAAAGCAUGCGCUGCUGAUGGUGCCACCAGAUCAAUGCAGAGUGACCCUUCAUCCCCCGUAUGCCAGGCAUUUACCUCAGAAGAGAUGCAGCAGGAAAGUACAGCAGCAACAACAAAUACAACCUCACUUGGCGAGGAGCUGCACUCAGAGGAGCUGAAAGACGAUGCAGCCAAGAAACCUUCAGUGUCCACUGAAGAACUAGAAGAUGCCUGCCUGCCAGUAACCGAAGAGACUCCACAAGCCUUACUUAUUUCUGAAUCCACAGAUUCCCCACGGAAACCAAUGGAAAGAAACCUAGCACAGCUCCCCAGCCCCCCUUCACUUCCAAUUCCACCACCUAAGGCAAUCUCCAAAAUCAAGAGUGUAACAGCAGCAGGAAGUGAAGUAGAUGAGCCAGCAGUGAAAUCCCCUCCUUCCACUAUCCUGAAGAAUUAUGUCAUUGUUGGUUCCUCCCAAAUCUCAGGACAAGCUGCCCUCUUCCAUCCACCAGGCCAGAAAGGCUCCGAUCCCCAUGUCAGAGGACAGCUACCAACACCGACUGGUUCCCCUCAUCCCACUGCUGUCCACCUGCCUUUACCUCCCAGCAGAGUCAUUGAGGAGCUCCACAGGGCUCUGGCCACCAAACAUCGGCAGGAUAGCUUUCACGGCAGAGAAAGCAAAGGGUCUCCCAAAAAAAGAGUGGAUGUCCGUCCAUCCAGAACAUCUAGCAUCGAGGGCAACAAAGAAAAGGAGAAUGCACUGAGCCACAGUAAUGAUCCGGAGAACAAGCGAAACUCAGUCAAAGAGUCAGAUGAGAACAAAGAAAACCUGAUCAUGAACUCAGAACUCAAGGACAACUUGGUUUUUUAUCAGGAUGAAGAGGUGUUGAAUGACUCCAUCAUUUCUGGUACCUUGCCAAGAAAAUGCAAGAAAGAGCUGCUGGCAGUAAAGCUACGGAACAGGCCAAGCAAGCAGGAACUGGAAGACAGGAACAUUUUCCCAAGGAGGACAGAUGAGGAACGCCAGGAAAUCCGGCAGCAAAUCGAAAUGAAACUUUCAAAGCGCCUGAGCCAAAGACCUGCUGUUGAGGAGCUCGAAAGAAGGAAUAUACUUAAACAAAGAAAUGAUCAAACAGAGCAGGAAGAAAGAAGGGAAAUCAAGCAGAGGCUGACAAGAAAGCUCAAUCAGAGACCUACAGUCGAUGAACUAAGAGACAGAAAAAUUUUAAUUCGAUUCAGCGAUUAUGUAGAGGUGGCAAAAGCACAGGACUACGACAGACGAGCAGACAAACCAUGGACAAGACUAUCAGCAGCCGAUAAGGCAGCAAUUCGUAAAGAGCUAAAUGAAUACAAAAGUAAUGAAAUGGAGGUACAUGCAUCAAGCAAGCAUUUGACAAGAUUUCACAGGCCAUAGAGAUUUUCUUCUGAGAAGAAUUUGUCUUUACUUUUGAUACUGCUGCUGAACACACAUCAGGGAACGUAUAAAGGUCUUUCCCUGAAGUUCAGUACACGAUAACCUGACGUUUGUGUGAGAGAAGGACCGUGCAGGUGAAAUCUCUGCAGCAUGUACACACAGGAGCUACCAGAGGACGUACUUCGCUCUUUGAUGCCUGAAGAGUGAUGGCCUGUGGGGUGGGAGGAUCAGUUGAAAACGAAUGAAGUAAAGCUACUGGAAGGAACUUACUGCUCUCCUUUAACCCUUGUUUUAAACUGUUUUGAAGCAUAUCUUGGAAAAGGAGAUGUUGUGCAUGUACAGGCUUUACCAUUCCAGGGCCUCUGACAUAAUGGACAUGACGCACUGUCAUUCAGUAUUAUGUUGACAAGACAUUUUGAACUAAUCACAAUUAGUUUGUAAAAAACUUACGUUCAUGUUAUACAAAAUGAUUUAAUGUAUUAUAAUUUUUCUCUUUUUUAUAUAAUGUCUAAUGAAAACACAGCUGCAACAUUUUUGAUUCCUGUUAAUUU